GGGCAGAGGGAGUGUCUGCUGGGUGUAGGAGCAGUCUGACGUCUCGUUCAUGUGAAUGACUUGGGGGGGAAAAACACUGUGACAACAGCUCAGCAGGCUAGACGAUCGCGGAAAACUGAACAACAAUUUUCUUUUGAAACUUCUUCCCGCUUCCUUCCUUCCUUCCUUCCUUCUUCUACCUGUAUGUCUGCUUGAAAACAAAAGCAGUUCGGCCAUGGAGAGCUCUGCUGAGGCUUCUCAGACUGCUGGCAUAUCAAAACCCAAGCCAUCCCUGGGCCCCAAACCUCGGCUCGCUCCCAAACCCUUCUCUCUGCAGAAGAACACCACCAUUCGCUCCAUCCAUGCCCCAAAGACGGUCACUGCCACCUCUAAGACAACAACAACACAGCAGAGUGGAAAAUCUGAGGCCACAGGACUCCCCAAGCCAACUUUGCCCACCCCUGCUGAGCCACCCACCGUUUCUAACUCCAAACCCAGCUCUGUAAGUGUGCUUACCAGAGAUCAACCCGAAACUACCAACGAAAUCGACGCAAGUCAACAUGGAGAGGAUACCACUGAUUCUAAAAAAUCAGAUCCAGCCCCGCAAACUGCUCCACCCAAAGAGAUGCCCAAGUCUGUGCUGAUUCAGAAUGAUGACAUUGUUCAGACAAACCACAAAGCAUCCACACAUGUUGUGACUGACUCAGAACACAAAGACGGAAAAAAGAAAGAAGAUGAUACCUCUGUCGUCCAAAAGCUUGAAGAAUCAGAUAACGAUGUUUCCUCUGCAACCGAUCAGACAUAUCGAUUGAGCAGCACAAGGAAGCGUCUGUCCGUGGAGCUCACUUCGAAAUUUGAGUCAGGUGGCCUACCUCUGCCCCCCCAGGCAAGUAAUACCAUCUCUACGACCAGCACCAAAGAUGAUGCAAACAAGCCGGUGUCUUCAGAUCCAGAGCAGAGCCAAACAACAUCAGAGCCAUCAAACAGAGCAAGCGAUGAAGGUGGAGAGAAUGAGGAUUACAGUGGAGGAGGCAGUAUAAAACGCAGAAUCAGUCUUCUGUUUGACUCGUCAUCAAGGACGGACGUCCCAGCAAAGAGAGAGGAGCCAGAAAUCAUAAAUGUUACAGGAGGUGUAAAGGCAAGAAUCAAAAACUGGGCCACGGAAACGAGCUCAGAGGGUCCAAAGACUGAGAAGAAGCCUCAGGUUGUACCCCGAACUCGCACUAAGAGCUUUGAGUCAGCCACCUUUCCACCAGCAGAGAAAACAACCAAAUUGCCCCCUGCUGAACCUCCUGCACCCGAGACAUUGUCCAGUAAGGCGGCGGAUCUUCCUCCUAAGGUCUCACCUGCUGAACAACCCACAGAGAUCCCGGUGGAAUCAUCUCAAGAUGCUCAUGAGUCACCGGAAAGCCCAAGAGAUGCAUCAAGAGAGCUGAUGCAGAAUGAAUCGACAGAGGGUAAUGUCCAGCUAUGCCUUCGCAGCCACUCUGCCACUGAUGAGGGAGACGCAGCUGCGAGUGAGAGCGCUCAGCACGCUCCAAAGAGGGGCAAUGUUAAACGCCGCUCAGUUCGCUUUGGUGUUGUGGAGAGAGAUGAUGGCGGGCCUACAGUGAUUCUGGGCUCAGAGUCCAGUGAAGAAGAAGACAAAGAAGGAGAUGCGCCUGAGGAUGAAGCCGAGGAGGAAGUUUCAGUGCCUGUGUACAGAAGAGUAGGAAUUCUUCAGAAGAAAGAUGAUGAGGUGCAAAGGCAGGAAGAAGAACGACUGAAACAUUUGGAGUUUGAAAUGAAACGGCGAGCAGAGGAGAAGGUCAGGGUUAGGUUAGAAGAGGAGCGGAAACAAACGGAAGAAGAAGAAAGGGAGAAAGAAAAGGCCAGGCAGAGGGAGGAGGAAAGGGAAAGAGAGAGGCUGAAGGAAGAGGAAAGGGAAAGAGAGAGACUGAAGGAAGAGGAAAGGGAAAGAGAGAGGCUAAGGGCUGAGGAAAGGGAAAAGGAGAGGCUAAGGUCACAGCCAGCAUAUUCCCCUUUAGCAAAACGCUACAAGCCCACAGAGAAUCAAAUGGAAGUUGUUUUCGAGGAUUUCUCUGUCAAAAAGCCUCUGAUCGAUGUGAAUUUUGACGAUUUUUCAGUCAAACCUAAGAGAUGGGGCUCACAGGCUAAAACAGAAACCAGUCCAGUCAUCCAGAUUGAGGCAGCUGACCCCGAGGAUAAAGAGGAAGUGGAAGUGCUGGUGCAACUGGAUGUCAGCCCUCUGGAGAAUAAAGUGCCAGAGCAGGUAGAAAAUCCAGAUAGCCUUGAGCCUACUUUAUUGCAGGAAAGAAAGGAAGCAGAGAAGCAACUCAUUUCUUUUGAAGUGGAGGAAGAGGAGAAGGAGAUGGAGAGAAAGAAAGACGAGGUGGAGACAAAGGAAGAGGAAGUCGAAGAAGAUGACGAUGAGGUAAAUACACCUUAA